UUAUACUGAAAAGUGCGGAACGAUUGGAGACAUUCACUGUGGGGAUCUUGGAAGGAGAUGUGUAUUUUUUAAGGAUAGUGAUUUGCUUAGGUUGCGCGCUAUGGUGCAUAUACGCAAAUCCUCACACCAUUCACACCAAAGCUAUAGCUUUGCACCUCAGUGAGUGGAUCAGACUGCUGAAACAACCAAAUCAUUCACUAUAUUUGAGGGGAAAGGAGAAGAGGAUGGCAGCUCCACACAAAGGAUCCAACAUGACGGCGAACUUUACCAACCAGUUUGUGCAGCCGCCGUGGCGCGUAGCUCUCUGGUCCGUAGCCUACAGCUCGGUACUGGCGGUGGCGGUGUUUGGAAACCUCAUCGUAAUCUGGAUCAUUCUUGCCCACAAGCGUAUGAGGACGGUAACGAACUACUUUCUCCUAAACUUGGCGUUUUCGGACGCGUCAAUGGCCGCGUUUAACACUUUGAUAAACUUUAUUUAUGCUGCCCAUGGGGAGUGGUACUUCGGGGAAGGGUACUGCAAAUUCCACAACUUCUUCCCGGUAACAUCCGUGUUUGCAAGCAUCUACUCCAUGACUGCGAUAGCUGUGGACAGGUACAUGGCCAUCAUCCAUCCCCUGAAGCCUCGUCUGUCCGCGAAGGCCACCACAGCAGUUAUCGUCUGUAUCUGGAGUCUGGCCGUGGUUCUGGCCUUCCCUCUCUGCUACUUCUCCACCACCCGAGCUCUGCCCCGCAGGACCCUCUGCUACGUGGCCUGGCCUCGCAUGGCUGACGACCCCUUCAUGUAUCAUACCAUAGUGACAGUUCUGGUCUACGUGCUGCCCUUAGUGGUGAUGGGCAUCACUUACACCAUCGUGGGGUUGACUCUGUGGGGAGGGGAGAUCCCAGGAGACUCAUCUGAUAACUAUCAUGGACAGCUCAGGGCUAAAAGGAAGGUGGUGAAGAUGAUGAUCAUCGUAGUGGUGACCUUUGCCCUCUGCUGGCUCCCCUAUCACGUCUACUUCAUUGCGACAGGUCUUAACAAACGUCUGGUUAAGUGGAAGUACAUCCAGCAGGUUUACCUGUCGGUGCUGUGGCUGGCAAUGAGCUCCACCAUGUACAACCCCAUCAUCUACUGCUGCCUCAACAGCAGAUUUCGAGCUGGCUUCAAGCGAGUUUUUCGUUGCUGCCCAUUCAUCAAGGUAUCCAGUUACGACGAGUUGGAACUACGCUCUACGCGGCUGCAGCAGACACGCCAGAGCAGCAUGUACACGCUGUCCCGAAUGGAUACCACUGUCUUGAUGGUUUACGACCCUGCCGAGGGUGAUGGCGGUGCAGGCGGUGGCUCUGAAGGGAAGCCCUCCCUGUCCGCUAGGAAGAGAAGCUACAUCACGUCUCGCCACAUUGAGAUCACGGGAUGCAACGGUGGCGGCGCGAAGACGCAAAAUGGAGGGGCUCCAAGUGCUCAACCUGAGGAGUUCUCUUAAAGGUUGUUCUCACAGACUUACACACAGACAUAUACAUGCAUGUCAGAAAUGUACACACAUGCGUAAUACACUGCACAUUACAAACGGUGCACAGCUGUUUGCUUAAUUUAGACGUAGAAGCAUUUUAUCACAGCGUUUAACAAAGAAGGUCAUAUGGAUUUAGAGAUUAUUAAAUAUUUUACCUUGAUGGAUAAUAUUGAUUUUUUAAGAUACUCUGGAGCAUGGAUGGAUCACUGAGCGGGCUUUUGGGGCAAAGAUGCAGGAGCUCAAGGGGUCACUUUGAAUUGAAUGUUAAGAGCAGUUUAAAAGUCACACUUAUAGAAAAGUGUUUUGCUCCUGAUUCUUUAAAAUUGGUUAUCAGUCGAUACCAAGUGUGAUCCAAAAUUAUUUUUAUUACAUGAUUGUUCAUUUCUUCCGACAUAAUACAACGGACAGUAAUAGGCUAUAGUACACCUACAGCAAAAUAAGUUGAGCAAUUUAAAUGUUUCACAGAAGAAUAGCUCUGCUUUAAGAAAAUACAUCAGGUUUUUUUUUCAGUAUUUUACCGUAAGAUUUUGUCUAUCAUCUUGUAUUGUUUUGUAUAUUAUCUGUGGAGGGGAGGGCCUGUUUCCCAAAUUGAUUUGUGAGCAGUGUUUACAUGCAGAUCCCAAAACAUGGCACCAUCCCAAUUCACAAAGGAUUGUUGUUUGCAAAUUCCAGAUAAAUUUGUGAGUCCUCCAGGGCUCUUCCAUCCUCAUGCAUGGGUCACAAAUAUAGCGUUUGUUUAUCUCAUUUUGCAAAUUGCAGCUUGGUGAAACAGGCCUCUACUUUGCCAGGAUGCUUUGCACACAAUCUAUCAUUGCCUCCAGCAUAAACAAACUACUGACGUUCAGGGUUUGUUCUCAAAUAACAGCAUAACUGGGGAGUCAUGGUUAACACUUGCAAGUUAGGCCGAAAAAAAACGUGAAUUGAUCACUAGCGACUGGGGCUUUGUUAGGGGGCCCUUUACAUGUCAUGCUCGGGAACAGCCUUAACAACAUACAAGGUGAACAAUGGUUAACUUGAACAGUAUGAUCAUCUAAAUUUAAGACGCUUUGCCAUUGAGUGCUAGGUUGAAGUUUUCUCCUUAUCCCAUAAGGGUCUCUCUGAAUUAAUUAAAUACUGUAAGUAGCUGUUUCCUUAAAGCGCAUUCAGUACGUUCCACUCUGAUUGAGAUUAGCAUUUAAACAGUCAGUGCAAUGCUGUUUUGGUAAGGUCCGUCCCAUGAUUAAAGUGAUAUCAUAAAAAUGAAUCAGUUCUGCUUGGGGAUUCGCUGCUAGGAGUGUGAGGCCAUCUUACAAUGAAAAUAAUCUGAAUCAUGAUGAUUGUAAUUAUGUAAGUAUGUCAUAGAUUUCAUUUCCAUCUGUAGGUAUUAACUUUGAACUUAAUGUGAUGCAGAGGAUGCACUCUGCGCUAUUUCCGCCUGCAGCAAUUAAUGAGCGGCUGCAGAAAGUCUCCAAUGGAAUGGCUAUUGAUUGAACUCCAUUUGGCUUUAUAUGUGGCUUUGAGUUUGGCUCUAAAAGUACCAUGAUUGACUUUGGCUUUCAGUUAUGUAAGAGCUGUAAGAAACGUGUUUCCUGUAACUGGCAACAAGCCAGAGGCGAAAUCCAGUACAUUUGCAGCAGGCCAAUAAACAGGGUGCUGGAGAAUGUGCAGAUUGAAACAGAACUUAACAACUGGCCCUAAUGGGUCAAUAACAAUCACAUUUUUUACAGUACAUUUGCAACUAAGUGAAGGAAAACAUAAAGGAAGCUUCACCGUGAAGUGCAAGAUUUGUUUUACUGUUCUAUAAUGUUUUACUGUUGUAUAAUUAUUACAUGCCUUCAUACAAUGUGUAAUGAGAAAGCAGGACAGUGUUUGCCUUUUGCAGUUGUUGGUGUUUUAGUAAUUUCUUCCAGCAUGCUGUUAUCCAGUGUUGUAUCUAUAUUUAACUCCCUGCUUGUGUGCUCAUCAAGUCAUGCUAGUCUGUGCAAUGUUGGGUUUAUAAUAAGAUAAGUUGAACCAUACUGUGACAGGAUUAUAUAAACCACAGGACUAGUGUAUCCCCUUCUGACUCUGUACACAGCAACAGACGGACAUGACUCACUGCUGGGAAGUAAAUGUAAUUAUAGAUUUGUUUUUGUUUUUUCACCAAACAGACCUUCUUUAAAGAUACUGCCAAAAAAGAUUUAAAUAAUAUAUCCUGUAUGAAGUGUAAUGUAUCCUGUAUAAAACUGAAUUUGGAGUUUGACAGUUAGUGAUAGCAGGUUAUUAUAUAUAUUAUAUACAUGCUGUUUAACAAAUGAUUCCCAGUCAUUCAUUUUGUCAUGUUUGGAAGAAAAUUAAAGUUUAAAUCUCCUAGAUUGACCAGAAAUUGCAACCACAAAAGCACAUUUUAAAUUUCCUUAAUUAUUCUUACCAACAGUUCUGAAUGUUAGAAGACUUCAUGAAAGUAUUUACUUAAGAAUGUGAAGAAAAUAAAAGUUGUGCAUUUCAGUGUGAUGUAUUUUUAAGCUGUCAUCAUAUGAAUAUAUUGAAGUUGGUUAAAUAUUUGUAUGUGCUAAUCAAUCUAUUUUCAUGUUUCUCUGUAUAAAUGUUUGUGUUUUCUAUGAAUGUACAGUACAAUGUGUGCCUCUAUCUCUGUCAAGUGGUGACCAUAUUAUUUGUUGUGUUUUUAAAGGAUAAUUUGUUAAUUUCGA